UAUCGUUAUAAUCAUAUUAAACAUUUAAAGAUGAUACUUAAAAACACUAUUGUAAAUUUAAUUACUACAACACCUUUCAAAAACAAAUUUCUAGAUAAGAAAAAUCUACAAUUAGUAACAAGUUGUUUUAUAAUAAAUUAAACAAAUUGCAGCUGUUUCUCAUUUCUAAUAGGUAGUUCCAAAUCUGCCUUAAUUAAAAAAACAUUAAAAAAAGAGCAGACCAAACAAACAACAAUAAUAAUGAGUGAUAAAACUAAAAAUAUAAAUGUUUUGGUUUAUGGUUCGGCUAUAGUAGACUUUAUAUGCUAUGUGGACCGCUUGCCCAAGGCUGGAGAAACUUUACAUGGCCACAAGUUUGCCAAUGGUUUUGGUGGCAAGGGAGCCAAUCAAUGUGUGGCGGCUGCACGUUUAGGUGCUAACACUGCUAUGAUCGCUAAAUUGGGUAUGGAUAUGUGGGGAGAGCAAUAUGUGCAGCAACUGAAAAGAGAAAAUGUUAAUGUGGAUUUUGUUAAACAGUGUGCGGGAGAAAGUACUGGGAUUGCCCAAAUUGCUGUUAGUUCGGAGGGGGAAAAUCAUAUUGUUAUAGUGGCCGGAGCCAAUAAUAACUUGGCUGCUAAUGAUGUCCAAGAGGCAGAAGCGUUAUUUCAAAAUGCUAAAGUUCUACUUUGUCAAUUGGAAACACCUUUGGUCGGUACUUUAGCGGCAUUGCAAGCAUUUAAAGGUAUUUCGAUAUUAAAUGCUGCCCCAGCGCUGAAGAACACUCCAGCGGAACUUUUAAAGGCCGCCUCAAUUUUGUGUGUUAAUGAAACCGAAGCGGCUUUAAUGUGUGAAUUGGAGGAUAUACAAACACUGAGUCAAGCUAAAAUUGCUGCCCAAAAACUAUUAAAACUAGGAGCUCAAACGGUUAUCAUAACUUUGGGUUCCCAAGGAGCCGUCUACUCUUCUACCAAAGAGCCCAGCAAAUGUAUACAUGUGCCGGCCCAUAAAGUUGAAAAGGUAUUAGACACAACAGGAGCUGGUGAUGCAUUUCUAGGUGCUUUAGCCUUUCAUAUGGCUCAAAAUCCCCAACAAGAACUUCACCAGCAUAUAGGAUUUGCCAAUUAUGUGGCUGCCCAUUCCGUACAAUAUCCAGGAACUCAAUCCAGUUUUCCCAAAGCCCAAGAUAUACAAACCGUUGCAACGCAAACUUACAAUUUUUGUGAAAUUUAAUAAACAAUAAAAACAAAGCACAAUACCAAA